UUCUCUCUUUUUUGUAUUUUGUAGAUCUUUAGUUAAGAUUUUCCGCACUGCCUGUUUCUUGCGGAUAUAUAUGAAAAGAAGGCUUGCUUUUAAUUACCAGAUCCUCAGGGUGGCUCAGAGGGCUGCUGUAGAGAAGCAGGAGCAGGAACAGCUCAGGAAAACUUUAACAUGGCUGAUACUGCUGGAGCUGUUUUGUGAAUCGCAGGAGGCUUUCACUACUGCAUAUCCAUCUAAAGGGGGUCCCGUGUUUUUGUCUCUUCUUCUAUCUUCUCUCGUGCUCUCGCCCUCCUGAUAAUGCACCAUACUGGAGUGCUCUCAGGUACGCGGCACUGAUUUGGCGACGGACACAGUAAGGCGAUUAAAGUUUGUGAAACAGCAAUGAAUAACUUAAGAAAGUUGAAAUUGGCUGGUAAUGUGUCUGGGAUUGUAGGAUGAAGUGUCUUGGAAGUUUUCUGGAAGUCUUACUCGGUGAUUGUGUCUUGCAGGCUGCAACCAAGACCAAUCAUUUCACUUUAUUCUCCGGCUGAAUUCUGCCUGACUGGGGACGGAGCGCACAAACCCUCCAUUAAGACCUGAUAUAUUAUCCAAACAAUUUAGUGUAUUCAUGAGGUAACGCAAAUGUGGAGGCUGCAAAAUUACCGUAAUCAAUUGAAACAGCAAGCGUGCGUCCGUCUGUGUGUCUGAUUAUUUGGAGAUCACCUAACAACUAGAUGUGUAUGUAAUAAGGCAGGGGCAUUAAAUCACUGUUGAGUUGUACUGGUAAGUCUAUGAUCAUUGGGCAAGUGAGGCUGGACAACCAUAAUAGGGCUGCCAAACGGAUGAAGCAAACAUCUCCCCUUGCAUUAGGUAGUCGACUUUGUACCUAAGAGGUGCUGUUUUAAAAAAAAGAAAGAAACACGAGGACAAUAUAACGUGCAAUAUUCCCCAUUAUAUCUUUUUUUCCAAACAACGCGUACGAGGGGCAAAGCAGCAUGGAUGUCAGAUACAAUCAAGAUACCGAGACUGGAAUCGUGCUGAAGAACGGACUUAAGGAAGCGAAAGAGAGCAAGGAUUCUCAAGGAAAUCUUUCCAAAUCAUUUUUGAAGGAUCAGCAGGAGACCUUCUCAGCUUCUGGGACAUCAGAAAACUGUGAAAAAAACAGAGCUAACUCGGCAGACCCAGACUACUGCAGGAGAAUCCUAGUCAGAGAUGCCAAAGGGUCCAUCAGAGAGAUCAUUUUGCCAAAGGGUCUGGACUUAGACCGGCCCAAACGCACCAGAACGUCUUUCACUGCCGAGCAGCUGUAUAGGCUGGAAAUGGAGUUCCAGCGGUGUCAGUACGUUGUUGGACGGGAGCGCACUGAGCUGGCCCGGCAGCUCAAUCUCUCUGAAACUCAGGUAAAGGUUUGGUUCCAAAACCGGAGAACAAAGCAGAAGAAGGACCAGGGCAAGGACUCCGAAUUGAGGUCUGUGGUCUCUGAGACAGCCGCCACAUGCAGUGUGCUGAGAUUACUGGAGCAGGGGCGCCUUCUUACUCCUCCAGGCAUACCUGGACUCCUGCCUCACUGCACUAGCUCAACGCUGGGGUCUGCACUUAGAGGCCCUACUAUGGGCAUUGCCAACAAUGGUACCAGCACCACUGGCUCAGGGACAGCAGGCAGCUCACCUUUGCCAGCGGUGACCACCUCAGGGGCUGCAACUGGGCUGCAAGGCUCCCAGCCCACCCAUGGGCUCUUCAGCUUCCCCAUGCCAUCUCUCCUGGGGUCAGUGGCUACCCGGAUUUCCUCCAAUCCCCUCUCUAUGGCCAGCUCCCUGGCAGGAAACUUACAGGAACUGUCAGCCAGGUACCUGAGCUCUUCUGCUUUCGAACCCUACUCCCGAACCAACAGUAAGGAAACGAUGGACAAAAAAGUGCUGGAAUGAUCUUUUACUGCUGUUUGUUCUUUGCCUAUUCCUCCUCUGUUCCUUGUUGUCGUUGUCCUUGCUAUUGACAAACUCAGCUGCACACAAAUGCCUCUCGGAAGAAGGCACACUCGCGUUUAUCCUGAAAAUGAACACGAGUUUUCAGAAUUCGGCGCUCCAAAGCAAAAUUUACUCUGCUGUUUUCUGCAAGUAUGGAAAAGGUCACAUCUAGUAAGACAAGGAGUAGGUAUAUUUCUAUUCUAUUCACACUUUUUGAAAAUUAUGCAUAGUUUUUAAAAGCAGAUCAAAUUUUGCAUUGAAGCUUUGAAAAUCAUCAUUAUAGUGUUUUGUUUUCACACCAUAAUGGUAUGCUGCUGAUAAAGUAACACUAUGUGCUGAACAUUUGAGUGGCAAGGCUUGCAUCUUUAACAAGAGUUUUUUUUUAAAGAAAAUGUACACCACAAAUGAAUCUGGGAGUAGCAGGUUGUCAGGCAUGAGUGCUUGUAAAAUAAUCGCACUGGUCUACAGGGUACAGUCAUGAACUCUGCUCAGAAAUUCAAGUUCUUGUGUGAACUUACAACGAAAGGGCACUAGGGCUCCUUUUCAGGGGCUGACAUCUGAGAUUAGUAAACCUAUGAGAAUUCGUUCAGGCUUGUUAUAAAACGGCUUGUUCCACUGAAAAGCAUUUUUUUUUCUUAAAGCUUUUUUUUUUCCAGGGUAGAAGGGUAGACACUACAUGGAGCAAUUGCAAUUCCAGAUGAGCAGGCUUCAUCUAAUCUGAGCAGGAUAAUAUAAAAGUACAGUCAUUAUGUUGUUGCUUUUUUCAAUGAAAACAAAUUAUCUACAAAUUUAAAAAGAUAAUAUAAUCAUGCUAGUAAAAAUCAUUAGGUAGUUGUUCAUGGUUUUGUGAUGGAUCUCCCGAUAUAACUUUUAAAGUCUAAAUUAUGUGACAUUUUACCUCUGAAGAUGCAGUGUUUCAUGUUUAUGUCUUUGGUUUAUAAAUUAGCAGUAUAGUUCUCAUUGUCAUGUAGAAGUAGCAUUUUAAAAACUUGAAAAAUCCCCUUUAACACUUAAAAGCACGAGGAGAGUGGGAAAUUGACAAGUAUUCAAAAUUUACAUCUAUUUUACUUCUGCAAGCUGCUCACCAGUUUGAUAUCCUAAACAUACUCACUUGACUUUUGUAUAAUCCUUCUAUAAUAUGUAAAUCGUAAACUGGACCAGAUAGACAGAAGGAUGAGAGUGGUACAAUUAAAUGAUUGUUGUAUAAAGUGAAAGAAAAGUUGUAAGAAGAAACUUGCUAUUUUAUUGUAAAUUAUUCACGUUUGUAAUUAAUAGAUUAUUAGUAUAUUGGGGAAAUAAUGAAGGAAUGAAUGUAAAAGGUGAAUCAUUAAUCAAAUGAAGCUCUUGGUGCUGUCUGUGUUAAAUAUAUUGAACAUUGUGAUAAUGUGGUGCGAGUCUGAAUAUAUAUAUUAUAUAUACCUAAAACAAACAGGUGUGUUUUUGUGUGUGUGUUUAACAUCAAGCCAAUCACACUCCAGGAGACGUGUGAAACGGCGGAGGAAUGCUAUUGCACUGUUUUCAAUUGUACUCGUAACAUAACUAAGACAAAUAACAGUUCUGAUACAUUCUCUCAAAAAUCAACCAGUAUAAAACAUAUUUUCUGAAAGUCAUACAAGCAAAUGAUCCUCUGUCAUUUUCUAUGGAGCUUUUAUUCAAUAGGAUGUUUCAGAUAAAGAUGAUGAUGCUUGGUAAAGGGAAAAAUAAUGAAUAAAAUACACAAUUCUAACAGUAUCAGAUGGUAAAAAAAAGCUGAAAGUAUUGUGAAGUAAAGGGAAACACAAUGUUAUUGUUGUAUGGUAUUAUUGUGAGAGCAGGCUUAAAAAUUGCAUUGCUAGAGAGGCUUGUUACUUCUCUAAAUGCGUUGUAAAGUAGAAGACUAAAACUUAAUUUACUGAAUAAUAAAUU